CAAUUUGAUGCUCUUUUUGGUUUUAACUGUUUAUUCAAGUGCUCGGUCAUAGUCAUUAAGACCUGUUCCAGAGUUGUGGGGAAACCCAAAAUGGAGGAAGCCAUGGAAUUCCUCUCAGAGCUCUCAAACACAUUGGCGAGAAAACCCACUUUCCUCUGGAAAGGGGAGGAUUGUGGUUUUCUUAGUUCAAUGAUUAUCAUUUUUCUCUGACUUCUAUUAGAUCAUGCUUUCUAGAGGCAGAUCCUCACAGCUCAUGAUUGCUCUUCUGAACAAGCAGGAAUGUUGCUUUUGGAAAAACUAACCAGCUACUGGCAUUUUGAAAAAGAAACUCAGAGAAUGAAAGAAAGAUGUGAUCUACAAACCUGAAUGCAACCUGAAAGAUCCAAAUAGAUGAGCUUGUGACAGCCUUUUCCAGUGCUCAGCACAGGGAUCCCGCAUACUCCAGCUGUGUCUCCUCAGAUCUGUACAACACUGAUUAAGACUAUCCAAAAAUUUCAACCGUUACAGCUGUCACAGAAAAUAGCUGGGGCCAGCUGAAUGUCAGGAUGCAAGUAGUUACUAUUAUACUACUACUACUUCUUUGUAAAGCAUCUGACAGUAGGAAGACAAGGAUUAGGAGUUUGAGAAACAAUGAAAGGGAAAACAUCUUAAGGAGAGCAUCUAGCACUGUUAAGCGCAAUGCCCAAGGCCUACCGUGUGAUAUAUACACUUAUCUUCAUGAGAAAUACCUAGAUUGUCAGGAAAGAAAAUUGAUUUUUGUGGCACCUGAUUGGCCAGAGGAUUUAAAACACAUGCUGCUAGCAAGAAACAGGAUUCGUAAACUGAAGAACAACAUGUUUUCCAAGUACAAAGCACUGAAAAGUCUGGAUUUACAACAGAAUGAUAUAUCAAAAAUUGAGAGCGAGGCUUUUUUCGGUUUGGAUAAACUCACCACACUCUUACUUCAGCAUAACCAAAUUAAGAGUUUAUCUGAGGAGAUUUUUGUUUAUACACCCAGUCUAAACUACCUACGUCUUUAUGAUAAUCCCUGGCAUUGCAACUGUGAACUAGAAGCUCUUGUUACAAUGCUGCAGGUUCCAGCAAACAGGAAUUUGGGAAAUUAUGCCAAGUGUGUGCAUCCAAUAGGACUGAAAAAUCAAAAGCUAAAGCAGAUAAGAGCUGAACAGCUAUGUAGUGAAGAAACCAGGCAGGACCCUCAAAAUAUAAAACGGGAAAAGCCUGCAGAAUUUGAUUCCUCUUCAUGCCACAUGUAUGUGUUUCCUGUACCAACUCUCAACUGCAGAAGAAAAGAUUUAAAGAAAGUUCCAGGUAACAUACCUCCAGAUAUAGUUAAACUUGAUUUGUCCAGCAACAAAAUUAGACAACUACGAGCCAAAGAGUUUGAUGAUGUCAGUGAACUGAAGAUAUUAAACCUAAAUGGUAAUGGAAUAGCCUACAUUGAUCCUGCUGCUUUCUCAGGCCUCAAUAACUUAGAGGAGCUGGAUCUAUCAAACAACAGCUUGCAGAAUUUUGAAUAUGGAGUACUGGAAGAUCUUUACUUUCUAAAAAUACUGUGGCUGAGAGACAACCCUUGGAGAUGUGAUUACAACAUUCAUUAUCUGUUCUACUGGUUGAAGCAUCACUACAAUGUUCACUACAAUGGCCUCGAAUGCAAAAUGCCUGAGGAAUACAAAGGAUGGUCUGUCGGAAAAUAUGUUCGAAGUUAUUAUGAGGAAUGCCCAAAAGACAAGCUGCCCAUUUAUCCAGAAACUUUUGAUCUGGACAAAGAUGAUGAGGAAUGGGAGCGACACAAAGAACAAUCAGUUCAAACAGUAAAGAAGCAUGGUGUAAUUGUCACUGUGAUAGGCUAACAAGGGAAUCCUUCCUUUCUUUUUUUUUUAGUACAUUCAAAUAUUUGAUACUCUGACAAAGAAAAACAUGCUGUUUACAUUUUUUGUUAAUUGUACUGAUUCUUUGUAGGACUAUCUGCCUACAAAGAUUUCUGUUUAUUGCAGUUAAUUACAGAAUGGCAUUAGUUACACAGCAUCCUUCAUCAAGUAAUUGUUUCUGACCAUUUGGUCUGGACAUUCUUGUGAAAUAUUUUGGCAAGUAUUUGAAACUAUAUGGUAGAAAUCGAUAGACACAAAUGUACAUAGUGUGGUGGGGAGGAGCUGUCUUAUGCAUGAACACAGCUUUUGUGCUGUCACGGAACUUGCUGCAGGAUUGUGACCAAGACACAUUUUUCCUGAAUGUAUUGUCAGUCCUUUGUAUCUAUCACUUUCCAGAAGUAUUCCCAGAAAACAUUUCUAAGAUUUUUGUAUCA